UCCGCCUCCAACCUGCUGCUGUCAACACAUCUGCUGCUGCUGCUGUUGUUGUUUAUUAUUAUUUAAAUGUAUUGUUUAGUUAUGACAUAUUAAGUCCGUGUGACGGAUCACAGAGCUGCGGCGGAGGAGGAGGAGCUACAUCCGGGGAUUUAGAGCCGCAGCAUCUUCAUCUUCAACAUCUUCCUCUUCAUCAUCUCCUCCUGCAUCCUCUCGUGCUGCAGACAGACAGGACGACAGACAGGCAGUGAGACAGGUAUGUCGGCCCCCCCACCCCUCGCGGACCUCUCGCGGCUCUAUCAGACGGAGUUCGUGCGCAGUGUGCGCGCGGUGGGUGCGCUGUGGGCCGUGUGCGCACUCUGCUCCGCAGUCCUGCAGCUCGUGGUGCUGCUGCAGCCCGCGUGGGUGCGCAGCGGGGGGGGGGGCGAGGCCAGCGGCACCCUGGGGCUGUUCCAGGUGUGUGUGGACUCUGAUUGGCUCUCAGAUUGCAGGGGGAGUGUCUCCUCUCUGUCCCCGCUGCCCUCCUUCCAGUCAGUAGCGGUUCUGGUGGGAGUCUCUCUCUGGGCCGUCUGGACCAGCGUUCUGAGCCUCAGCCUCUUCAGGUUCUGCAGCGCAGCCACCGUGUACAAGAUCUGUGGCUGGCUACAGCUGACCUCAGGGUUCUGCAUGGCGCUGGCCUGUCUCCUGUUCCCAGACUCGUGGGAGAGUCCAGAGAUGAGAGCUCUGUGUGGAGACUCAGUGGGCAGCUUCUCUCCAGGUAACUGCUCCGUUCACUGGGCUUACAUCCUGGCUCUGCUGGGGAUCCUGGACUCGGCCAUCUUGGCUACGCUGGCCUUCGUCCUCGCCAACAGACAAGAUGCUCUGCUGCCUCCGGACAGCAAGGACGUGACCACAGGUCUGCUGAUGUCAGCGUAGGAGGAGACGAAGAUCUGAAAGACCAGAAGAAGAAGUCCUCUCAUCAUCAGCUGGUUUCCUGGAGAAAAGGAUGAAUGAUAGCAGGAUAUCUAUAUCAUAUAAAUGUAUAUAGAGAAACAUACAUACAUAUAUAUAUAUAUAUAUAUAUAUAUAUAUAUAUAUAUAUAUAUAUUUAUAUAUAUAUGUAUGUUUGAGUUCUGAUGCCAAACAGCAGGUCCAUGUUCUGAUGCCAAACAGCAGGUCCAUGUUCUGAUGCCAAACAGCAGGUCCAUGUUCUGAUGCCAAACAGCAGGUCCAUGUUCUGAUGCCAAACAGCAGGUCCAUGUUCUGAUGCCAAACAGCAGGUCCAUGUUAACCUGAGUAACGUAUUUUUUACUGAAUGUAUUAUUUAUCUUGUAGAUCCAGAGAUCCCCCCCUUCCCUCACUCUGUAUUUAUUUAUUUGUAUUACCCAGCAGCCCUCCAUGUGUUCUACUCUAUGCUCUGGUUCUAUGAUCUGGUUAUAUGACCUGGUUCUAUGAUAUGGUUCUGUGCUCUGGUUCUAUGAUCUGGUUCUAUGCUCUGGUUCUAUGAUAUGGUUCUGUGCUCUGGUUCUAUGAUCUGGUUCUAUGCUCUGGUUCUAUGACCUGGUUCUAUGAUAUGGUUCUAUGCUCUGGUUCUAUGAUAUGGUUCUAUGCUCUGGUUCAUGAUGUUACACAGAUCCUUUAUUUUCAUGUUUGUUUGUUUGUUUGUUUGCAGUUCAGAGCUAUGCAACGAGAGAUCUGUGUUAUCUGUUAACACGUUUUCAUCUUCUGUGAGUUUAAAACCUGUCAACGUGAAAUCUAAAAGAAGCCGUCUGAGAUUGUAUUAAAACCCUCCUGUGUCACAUGGUUAAUCUCUGUUUAGCUUAGCUUAGCAUGAUCAUCAACGCCAUAUCUGUUUACAUGUUGUAUUUGGUUAGCUUCAGUUAGCUAAGAGCAUCUGGGUCCAGAUAGCUUAGCUAAUUAUUAUUUAUGUGUGAACCCAGAAGUUAGAAUUAGCUUCAAUUCCAAUUAGCAUUUGGGUCCAGAUAGCUUAGAUUUAGCUUCUGGGGUAAGUUAGCAUAAAGUUAGCCUUUAGCUUUUGACCACUGGUUUAUGGGACAUUAACUUAAAGCUAACCAACCUCCAGUAUUUAUCAAAGCUAGUCUAAAGUAACCCCCAGCUUUGUGCUAAGCUAGGCUAAAGUAACCCCCAGAUUUGUGCUAAGCUAGGCUAAAGUAACCCCUGGCUUUGUGCUAAGUUAGGCUAAAGUAACCCCCAGCUUUGUGCUAAGCUAGGCUAAAGUAACCCCCGGCUUUGUGCUAAGCUAGGCUAAAGUAACCCCCAGCUUUGUGCUAAGCUAGGCUAGUCAACAUGACCCUUACAGCAUCCCCUGCAGUGCGUCUUCCAGGCUGAUCAGCUGUUUGUUAGCUGACGUAGCCUCCACCUAUGGUAGAGCUAACAGCUAAUACCUGUCUACAACAAACACCUUCUCAAAACCUGGAUUUACACAUUUUCUAAUUUGUUUAAUUAAAUGUAAUGUUUUGCCCUUUGAACGUUUUAUAAAGUGUUUUAAAUAUGAA